GCGGCGGCGGCGGCAGCAGAUGAACACAAGACUUCUGACUUUCUCCUCUCAAAUUUCCCAGUAUUUACCUUCACCAUAUACUACUAGUCAGAGAAGGGAGGCUGUUGGAGGGCUUUGAAGUAAGGACUCCUGUGAUAAAAGUGACGUGUUAGAAUUAACACGGUGAUGUGCAAGAUGGUUUGAAAUAGGAGGGCAGAGAUUGGAUCCGUGGAAACCAGAAUAUAAAAAUUAAGACUCAAGAAUGAACACUCCGUCAGAAACCAGUAAACCAUCUUUGGAGAGUGGGGAUGGCAGCACAGGUACACAAACAAAUGGUCUGGACUUUCAGAAGCAACCUGUGCCCAUUGGAGGGGCAAUCUCAACUGCCCAGGCCCAGGCUUUCCUUGGUCAUCUCCAUCAGGUCCAGCUCGCUGGAACAAGUUUACAGGCUGCAGCUCAAUCUUUAAAUGCACAGUCUAAACCCACUGAAGAAUCAGGGGACAUGCAGCAGCCAAGCCAGCCUUCCCAGCAGCCCUCUGUGCAGACAACCAUCCCCCAGACUCAGCUUAUGCUGGCUGGAGGACAGAUAACUGGGUUGACUUUGACGCCUGCCCAGCAGCAACUCCUUCUCCAGCAGGCCCAGGCCCAGGCCCAGCUGCUGGCUGCCGCGGUACAGCAGCAUUCUGCCAGUCAACAGCAUAAUGCUGCCGGGGCCACCAUCUCUGCAUCCGCCGCCACACCCAUGACCCAGAUCCCCCUCUCUCAACCAAUUCAGAUUGCACAGGAUCUCCAACAGCUGCAACAACUUCAGCAGCAGAAUCUCAACCUGCAGCAGUUUGUGUUGGUGCACCCAACCACCAACCUACAGCCUGCGCAGUUCAUCAUCUCACAGACGCCCCAGGGCCAGCAGGGUCUCCUGCAAGCGCAAAACCUUCUAACGCAACUACCUCAGCAAAGCCAAGCCAACCUCCUACAGUCACAGCCAAGCAUCACCCUCACCUCCCAGCAGCCAGCAACCCCAACACGCACGAUAGCAGCAACCCCCAUUCAGACACUUCCACAGAGCCAGUCCACACCAAAGCGAAUGGAUACUCCCAGCUUGGAGGAGCCCAGUGACCUUGAGGAGCUUGAGCAAUUUGCCAAGACCUUCAAACAAAGACGAAUCAAACUUGGAUUCACUCAGGGUGAUGUUGGACUUGCUAUGGGUAAACUAUAUGGAAAUGACUUCAGCCAAACUACCAUCUCCCGCUUUGAAGCCUUGAACCUCAGCUUUAAGAACAUGUGCAAACUAAAACCACUUUUGGAGAAGUGGCUAAAUGAUGCAGAAAAUCUCUCAUCUGAUUCAGCUCUCUCAAGCCCAACUGCCCUGAAUUCUCCAGGGAUGGGAGCUGAGGGCUUAAAUCGGAGGAGAAAGAAACGCACCAGCAUAGAGACCAACAUCCGUGUGGCCUUAGAGAAGAGUUUCUUGGAGAAUCAAAAGCCUACCUCGGAAGAGAUCACCAUGAUUGCUGAACAGCUCAACAUGGAAAAGGAGGUGAUUCGUGUUUGGUUUUGCAACCGCCGCCAAAAAGAGAAAAGAAUCAACCCCCCCAGCAGUGGUGGGACCAGCAGCUCUCCUAUAAAAGCAAUUUUCCCCAGCCCAACCUCACUGGUGGCAACCACACCUAGCCUUGUGACAAGCAGCGCAGCCACCACCCUCACUGUCAACCCUGUCCUCCCUCUAACCAGCGCCACCGUAACUAACCUCUCCAUUACAGGCACUACAGAUACCACCUCUAACAACACUGCAACCGUGAUUUCCACAGCACCCCCUGCCUCCUCAGCAAUCGCAUCUCCCUCCUUAAGCCCCUCCCCUUCUGCCUCAGCCUCCACCUCCGAGGCAUCCAGUGCCAGUGAGACCAGCACAACACAAACCACCUCCACUCCUCUGUCCUCUCCUCUGGGGACCAGUCAGGUGAUGGUGACAGCAUCAGGACUGCAGACAGCAGCAGCUGCUGCCCUCCAAGGAGCCACACAGCUGCCAGCAAAUGCCAGCCUGGCUGCCAUGGCUGCAGCUGCAGGCCUGAGUCCUGGCCUGAUGGCACCCUCACAGUUUGCAGCGGGAGGUGCCUUACUCAGUCUCAAUCCAGGGACUCUGGGUGGUGCUCUCAGUCCGGCUCUGAUGAGCAACAGCACGCUGGCAACCAUUCAAGCUCUUGCUUCUGGUGGCUCUCUUCCAAUAACAUCCCUGGAUGCCACUGGGAACCUGGUCUUUGCCAACGCAGGCGGUGCCCCCAACAUUGUGACUGCACCCCUAUUCCUGAAUCCACAGAACCUCUCUCUGCUCACCAGCAACCCCGUCAGCCUGGUCUCUGCUGCUGCCUCAGCUGGGAGUUCGGGCCCUGUUGCCAGCCUCCAUACCACGUCCGCCUCAGCUGAGUCCAUCCAGAACUCUCUCUUCACAGUGGCCUCCAUCAGUGGGGCUGCUUCUACCACCUCCACCGCCUCCAAGGCCCAAUGAGCAGGGCUGGCAAAAAAUGGAGAGAAGAAGUCACUGAGAGCAAGGAUGGGGCAGGACAACAGUUGCUUAAUUUUGUAUUAAAACACUGUCUUUUCAGGAUUGCUUCAUGGAUUGGAGAACUUUCUAACCAAAAAUUAAAAAAAAAAAAAAAAAAAAAAAAGCAGAAACAAAAAAAAAUCAAAAACAAACAGAAAAGUGAAAGGACUACUUAUCAUUUCCAGCAGUCGUGAUGACAAGUUAAGGUGGGUUACCAAUUCCAAUAUAGGAAAGGGAUUCUUCUUUGCCUAAAUUUCUUUUUUUCUUUAAAAAAAAAAUCAUUUUUAUGGGUCUGUUGUACAGGCCAUGAAGUCAUAACAAGGUGUUUAUAAUCGUAUCGUUUGUUGGGGGUUCCUUUCUUAACUGGUACAAUUUAGGCAGGCCUGUAUUACUGUAUCUCUAUUAUUGUUGUUGUUAUUGUUUAUAUAUAUAUAUAUAUAUAUAUAUAUAUAUAUAUCUUGUUUGAACAUGUUUAUCUCUUGCUCCUGGAUCCUAUUUCAGUGAGCUCCCACACUGUGGGGAGGGAGGGAUUGGGGGUCAGGGGGGACUUGCAUUCUUAACUAUGGGGAAUGUUCUUGUUGGUUUCCAUAUCCUUGAUGACUCUUACAGAGGUGCUAGAAAAUUAUUUUCUUUUGCCACUUAUGCAAGAGGCUUGGUGCAGAAGCUGAAGGCCGUGUGUGCAAACACUCCCACUCCACACACACGCCCCCUCCCCCAUCAGGUGGUGCCUUUGGAGCACUUUUGUGUAGGAAGGAAUUCCUGCUGAACUGUAGCUCUCACUCACCCCAAACCAUUGACUGACCCGGUAGCCCAGUUCCUGGGUUCAGUGGCACUGCAUCUUGCUUCUCUAGAUGGAGUGUGCACUGCGGGCAGGAUGGGCUUUUGGAGAGCAAAGACUACUGCAGACACCUGACUCGGUGGUUCUCCUGAUUCCUUAUCUCCUGAAAAAUGCUCCUACUGUUGGUGUGUGUGUUUGUUUGUUUCAUUUUGUGGAGGUUUUCAUCCAAACUUCCUGUGACUUAAACUUGGCAAAGAACAAAUUGAUUCAUUGAGAUUGGGGAAUUUCUCCCUCCUUUGUUUUCUAAAGGAGCUCUACUAGACUAUUUUCCUUCAAUUGUAUCUCACCAAAAGAAGCAUGCUAAGAAGAGUCUGAUAUUAUCACCUUGUCCUCUGGCCACAGACUUACUUUUCACCAGAUGGCUUACGAAUCUCUUGCACCCUGAGACUGCUUGGUUUUGACAGGGACCUUAAGGUAUAUGAUAGCUAGGCUCGGGGUCUAUCAAACCUUUGAGAAGAACUUUGAGCAGGAACUUUGCACGCAUCUUGAGUGUCUCUUUUGUUAGUGACACUCUUGCUCAGUAGGUCUAGGUGGCAAUACACAGCUUUCUAUUCAAAGUAGAAAGUGGUGAACGUCUGUUUUAGGGUGUUUUCAGGGUGUUUCUAGACUAUGUAAAUGAAUUCAUAAAAAGGAAGAUUUUAUGAAAGAUUCAGAGGAAUGAGAGUAACUUGGGAAUGAGACUCUCAUUUUGUCAAUAAACUAUUGUUAUAGUAUCUGUACCAAAAAAAAACUUCCCACAAAAAUGGAUCACUGCAAUGCAACUCAUCUGAGCUCCCCUUCUUAUUAAAUAGAGUCCAAGGUUUCCAUUUGGUGUCUGGGUACUUGCUCCCUUCCCAUUGAAACCUGGGCUGCACUUUCCCCUUUUGAGGUGGGACUGAGAAAGAACAUACAGGCCUUUUUCCUUCUAUGCUUGUGUCCACAUAGGAGCUUGGAUUCUUUGUGUCUCUUCACAGUGUGGAGAAAGGUGGUGGAACAGGCACAGGUGUGUGUUACUCUGGCCAUCCAAACGGGAGAUAAGCAAGCACAUCACUAUUAAAAGGCCAGAAAUAUCUUAGUCCCCUCAUUAACUCCUGUCCCUAUUGUCUUCCUGUUUUAUUUCCAAAGUAUUUUAAUUUCCUCACCCUUCACUUUUCCUAAGAUUCCUCCAAAAUCAGUGAGCUACAAGCAGGGAAAGUAACAAAUUUGUCCACCCACCUUUUCUUUGUGUCGUGUGUUUUUAUGUUUUUUUUUUUUAACUAAGCUUGAACCAAAGUCAAUUUUUAGCAAGCUGCUGUACUAAUGGACCAGUUUAUAACGUGCAGAUCAGACACAUUGAGGAGAUGCUACUGACAAUUUCUUUUUUUCAUUUGUCUUUAUUAAUUUUAUAUAAAAGUUGCUGCUUGUUUUAAUCUUUUAUGUUAGUAAAUUGUAAUAUCUUUUGAGCAGACAUUUACUUGAUUUUUAAUUAGUUUAUGUAGUUUGGUGUGUAAAUAGAAUGCAAUGUCAGUUACUAAUUUUUCUCCUCUCCAUCCCACUGUUUCUCUAAUGUAGUUAAAUUUAAUCUUUUUUUUUUCCUGACUUAAUAUUUCUAACUUUUAGUCUGUGUGAUUUUAGGGCUCUCAAAAUGAAACUGUAGCUCCCCAUAGUAAUUAUUCCCUAUCAUGGGAGUGGUGAAAGGAGGAAGAAUUCAGGGAGGGAAAUGUUGACACCCACCAUUGUGGGUUAGAGGUUAUAGCAUUUAUUUCCCCAAAUUGCUACCAAAGGAAAUGUCAAGUUCCUAGGGGCUUGGGCCCAAUGGAUUAAGAGGAAGGGCAAGGAAAGGCUGUUUUGUUUUCCUAUAUGAUUGAUAAAAAUAUUCCCUCCUCCAAAUAACACUCUACAAACUUUAAUAUUUAAAAAAAUUCUAAGCUUUAAGUGUCAGUGUGAUGGCUUCUAUACCAUACCCUGUCUGUAGUCUCUAGUCAUUUUGGGAAAAGGGGGUUCUUUCUACCAGUCCUGUGUAUGGGGAUCACUUUAUGAGGAUAAAUUUUAAGCCAGCAUAAAAAUCUGUGUUUAAAAGAAGAAAUAAAUUCUUAGACAAAGAUAACUUUUUUUUUCUUUUUAUUUUAUUUAAAAAACAAGUUGUAAAAUGAAAGGUACAUUUAUGCUUGUACACAUAAAACACUAAAACAGUUUGUUAAUGGAUAUUUAGCUUAAAAUCAGCUACCAUCCCCAGUCUAAUAAUCAUUGUAACUCAACUUGUAGUCAUUUUGAACUUCUGUCAUUUCAAAAAAUACUUUUUUAAUUAAGUGAAUCUCCUAAGCUAAAGUUCCAAGACUUAACUUAAUAGCCAAAUUAUAUAGAAGUGUAUGGAAAUUAAGGAGGCCUUUUGACCAAAAAAGAAGCAUUUGGUAGUUUCUGAAUUUCUAAGAGGAAAGGCCAGCUAGGUCAUUACAAUCCAUUGUACUGUUCUUUUUUUUCCCCAUAAUGUUAUGCAAAUUUUAUAUUAUCACUGAACUUGGUUAACACAUAUUAAACCAAAGACUAAUUUUCACUGCAUUUAUAGUGAUGCUCUAUUUGCCCAUAAUAAUGGGCCCUCCUUAGGGAGUGGUGAAUGUAGUUGUUUGAAUCAUGCUUAUCAUAUGCAGUUCCAUUUGGUCAUGAACUUAAUUAUUCCUAUAUAAAUCUGAAGGACAGAGCAAAAAGACUUAAAAAAGGGCUUCUCAUAGGAACAGUAUCAUUGUUCCUGAUUAAGAAAUAAGAUGAGCGCUGUAUUAAAUUAAAUGUCUGAAGUUACAUAGGCAGCUUUGUAGAAGUAAAAAUGGUCCAUAUCCAUUAAUUGACAUGCUAUGUACUUUUCUUGUUUGAUAAGAAAAACUAGUACCAUCCCAGUUACUCAGUCUAUUGCCAACCAAAUCCAACUUUCAUUUUUUUGUAGCACUAUACCUAUUUGUUCUUUAUGGAAGCAUUAUGAAGGUAUUCACAACUUUUAAGAAGAAAAAAAUAAGAUUACAUAUCUUCUAGUGAGAUUAUUUUUCCAAGUUAUUCUAUAUAAUUCAUUUAUUGUUGGGGAAGAAGCACAACUAUACUUCUUUUGAUAGUAUUUUAUCCUAUUAGCCCUCAUUUAUUUGGGAAGAUGGGGAGAAGCCUUGUCCAUCUUAUCCAGAAGCACAGAUAUUUGCUCAACACAAUAUUUAAAUUCAACCCAAUCUUUAAAAUCAAAAAUUUCAUUUUAAUUGCUAAGAAAGCUGGGCACAUUUUCAAAUAUAGGAGAUUUAUGUAGAUUUUUGAAGUUAUAAAUUCUAAUACUAAACAUUGUAAUUAGUGUGUAUUAAGCAUUUGACUUUCAAAAGAAAGCUCAUAGUCCAGACUAAAGUUAUUUCCAAACCAUGUCAUCCUCACAAAAUUUUCUUCACCAAGAGAAAAGUGAAAUUGAGGCAGAAAAAAAAAAUAAAAAUUAAAAAAAGCAGAAGCAAUGACAAGAAGUCAAGAAACCAUUAGCAUAUAAGUUGGUGAGGAGGAGGCUCAUGGUACAUGAUACCAGCUUCAGAACUCUGAGGGGGCCCCAAAGACCAGUUUGUAAUUUGAGGGCCCUCAGUUAAAGAAGAAUCUCAACAAUUCAUUUUGAAAGUUUGGUCAAAUCCUUUCUCAUUAAAUGAGCAUCUCAAAUUGAUGAAAUUAAAGUUUUUUUUCUUCAAGCCAUGCUGAUUAGAGCUGAAAGUAUUAAAAGACCAUCGGUACUAAUGGAAAGACUUACAGAUAAUGGACCAGAACUGAUGGAUUGAGUCAUUCCAAUGUGAGUUCAUUCAUGUACUUGUAUGAAAAAAAAAAAAAAACCUUUAAUGUGUAACAUUAUUCAUAUAAUUGUAGCCUUGAGUAUCUUGAAGUCAUAUUCAGUGUUAAAACAUUUGAAGAUGACAUGUAAAAUAGCGAUUCUUUCUUAUCAUUUGCCUUCACUUAGAAAGAAAAGGAUCCUUUUUUGUAGCUCUUUUAAGAAGUGUAGCAAUUGUGCAGAUUUUGCAUAGUGACAUACACAGUACAGACCUGAGCUUAGGAUAUGAAGAGGUUAAAUUGCUUUUAUAGUUGAAAUCUAAUACUAAUCAUGUUCUGCCUCAUCCUUUUCUUAGCCCAAAAAGAGUAAGUGAGACUCUCAGGUGUUGAAAACAAUGUAUGGAAAGCUUCCCAUAGGAAAGCAGGGGAGUGUGUCUUCUCAGACUUGUCCAUUUACACUCUGAUUUCCACAUGGAUUAUGAGUUCUUUCUUUCCUUUAGCCAUCUUAUUCCAUGAAGCAGUCCCUUAUUUAGGCUCUUCUUGACCUUUGCAAAAAGUAAACUUGAGACUCUAACUUUGAUGCUGUACUUUGGAUCUAUUCCCCCUUCUCUUUUCCUCUUCUCUUUGAGUGGUAAUACCUUCAUCUGUGAGGAAAUGCUCGAGGGUAACAGCUAGCUUCUGGCACCUUCAUUAAAUACCUCAGCUUAGCUUAGCAUUGUUGCAGAACUGGUUUUAAACCAAAAACCAAAUAAGUAAAUGAAAACCUUUAUAAAUAGUGGAAAUGAUUCUAGCUGUAGCACUUAGUUGAACUGAUGUUUAUUAUGAUUGAUGCUGUAUGUAUUUUGGGAUCCUGAUUAUAGGUUACAAUUUAUAGGGUUAGGGAGGGUUGGGGUCAGGAAAGAGAAGUUGACUAUGGUAGUGUGUGUUGUUUUUCCUUAUACCUGUCUUGCCAAAGGAAGCUUGAUUAAUCCUAUGACUGGGUUUAGAUUUGUUGGCCUCUGUGGUCUGACCUACAGCAUAGUGUGAUGAUGCCAGGUUACACCAGAGUGGUCCCCAGGGACAUCUGUACCCCUUCCUAUGGUUGCCUGUGUUCCAACCCCUGCCAGCCUCUCCUAAGGAUUCAUUUCUUCUGUCUGCAGUAAACAUGGAUGUGUGGGUGUCUGGAGGUGUGGUUAAGAAUUAGAGACAGAAAUAGACUUGUAUCAUUUAACCCAAUAAGUAAAGGAGAGAGGAGUGAUUGAUACAUCAUCAUAACCUGGGUAAAUUAAAGUCAAACAGGUUAUUUUUGUCAUCUUCAGUCACGUUACUGAAUUUUGUGCACAUUUUAAAGCCAACCAAACACACAGAGGGAAGUCCAAGCAGUUGAGAGCCAGUCUGUUUACCUCACACUUGUGUUUGGAAUCCUGUUUAUAGGUUACAAUUUAUAGGGCUAAGGAGGGUUGGGAAUUGGUAGCUGGUGAGGUGAAACAGUUAUUUUUAGGAAGAUGUAAGUGAGAAAUGAUGCUGGGAAAAAUACAACUUUCUACCCAGCCCCUAGCUCCUCUAGCUCAGAUACAGACUAUAUGUCAAAAUAAGCAAUUUUAAAUCAGUGGUCAGAAUCACAUAACAAGUGGAAUUUUGGUUUGCUAUGCCAUCAUUUAUCCUUCAAAACAGGCAGGGGAAAUAGGAGCAAAAAGCUGCAUUUUGGCAGAACUUUAUUUUUUUAUGUCUUUCCUCUUUUCCCAUUUUUUGAAGGAAGUCUUAUUGAUUAGCACCUGACAUUGGAAAGGAGACUAGUCUUACUCUCUAAGCUUUGUGAAGAUGGGUUAAGGUGCUCAGUAUAGCGGUAAUGUUGUCUGAACUGCUAGGAAAUUUUGGAAAAGGCAAAAGAAAUUUUAAAAAAUUUUUCUUUUCUCUAACACUUAUAAGUAGAACCAGCUGACUUGUUUUAAGGUAUUUCUUACAUGUGCCAUCUCUGUUCUGUCCCUUGUAAAGGAUAAGCAUUUUUAAGAGUAGGAUUGCAUGGAAAGCCCAAAGAUCUUCCUUCACACUCCCUUGGAACUGUGUUUUUAUAUACAGGCUCUAGGAAUUUGAGUAGUUUGUUUUGGUGUACUAUUAGGACACAGAAAGGGAGUGAGAACAAAGAAACUUAUUGCUCACUUAGUAUUUCUUCAGAAGACCUUCAGGGUGCAGAAUUUAAGCUUUACUAAUGAUCUUACUGAUCUAACAUUAGGUGAAAGUGGUAUUGACAUUGUGUGAUUUUCAAAGCACUAGAUAGGUUUGUAAGUAGGUGAUAAGGAUCUUAAACAUAAGGACCCUUAUUUUUUAAUUUUUUUUUUUUUUUACCAGAACACCACUGAGCACCAAUGAAGUUCCCUGAGCAGGGCAUGGAGGGUGAUCCCCAUUCCCUGUUUCCAGAUUUCUCCAGAUUCUGUGUCCCCCCUCUUCAAGGACUCCACCCAGUCCACCUGGUUCAGGGAAACUUUCCAAAAAAAGUUAGACCACAAAACUAACUUUCUCUAAAAACAUUGAGUCUGCUGCAAAGUCCCCCUGUUAUCUUUGUGUGAAGCCAGGCACAGCCUCACAGGAACUUUGGUCUUCACUUGGCUGCAGCAUUACACUCUGUCUUCACAUCUAUAAGUAGACUCCCAGAGACAGUGCCGCUUGGAAAUGUGGCAUCCACAUGCUUGUGUGAACUUGGGCUCCCCUUCCAGUGAGAAAGGACAGAGUCAGGUAGAGAAAGGGCUGUGUCCCCACCUGGCCCUCAUAGCAUCUCAAGUCAACAAUAGCAGGAAAUGAAUACACUUUCAGAGGCAAAACUGGCAGUUCUGUUGGUGGGAGGCUGUCUGGUUCUGAUCCUGCACAUGGACACACUGUGGCAGCAGAGUAGUACAAGGCCUCGUUUGUGUUUCACUGCAAAUAAGAAUGGGGACAGGGACAGGAAGGAGGGCAUUUAAAUCUUCAUCUCUCUUAGCUUUGCCUUUCUGCAGCCUAAGCAUGUGUCUACCCUGAGAGCAUGUGAUGGGGAGAGACACACAGGCUCUCCCAGCCUCUUACCUCCACCUGAGUGGACGUGUAUGUGUGGUUCAGGGCACUUGAGUCCCACUCUAAGGAAAGGCCCCUUCCUCUGUGCUGGUAGCAAGGCAAGUGUGGGCUUCCCGUCCACCAUGCACCAGGAGCUAUCGUAUACCUCAUUUCUGAUGUUCUCAGAACCCUCCCUAUUUCAUAUUGAACUCUGGCAUAUAACAUCAGGGACCUGGAGCCUCUGAAUGUCGCUGCUGAAAAGCUACUGCAAACUGAGGGCAAAUUGCAAUCUUCUCUUUCUUUUUGUUGCAAGGGGUCUUCAGAGUCUCUCAGUACUGCUUGCCUGCCCUCCUGCCCCUCUCCCCUCACCACCCUGCCAGCCACACCUCCUCUUGUUCUGUCCCUGGGAUAGGGACAUCCCUUCCCCCAGGCCUCAGGGCUCUGCUGACUUUCAGGACUUUGGGUGGGAAGGGAGACAUGAAGACUCCUCAACACUGACUGCUGCACACACAUCUUCCUUUCGUUUCCUUUGAAAUUACCAAAAAAAAAAAAAAAAAAUCCAAAUAUUUAAGUUGUGUUUUAUUAUUAUUUGACAAUCUUCUACCCAGUGGGCACACUAGAAGCUGCAUCCCCAGCCUUUUCACCUUUCCUUUGAAUGUAAUUCCCAGCCUUCAGUCCACUCCAAGUGUUGACAAGAGCUUUGCCAGGUCCUGGUACUGCUGCUAUAAGCCAGGGGAGGGUGGUUUCUUUGUUUUGUUUUGUUUUUUAAAUUUCCAGCCAAAACCAAAGAUUUCUUAAUGAUUGUAUAAACUCAAAACAAACAAAAAAGCCAAAGAAAGGGGGAAGUCUUCAGUGUCAGUCUAGUCUGUGGCGUCCUGGCAUCUGGAUGAAGGAGGUUGGCAGGUGGUGCCUGACCUGAGGGCAGAAGCCUGGGGCAACUGGCUCCUGCCAACCUGGGAGCAUGCUUGAAGCACAUUAGCCAUUUCCGAUUUUCACAAGUGAUGGUCUAGAUCCAUCACCACCAUCCCCUACAACCAUCACAGUCAGUGCAGGUAAUUCUGGCUGGCUGCGUUGCCUUGGACUCCACAGAGCGAGAGACACUGAUGACACUGGCGUAGGAUUGGUGGCUCUGUUGGGUGCUUUAACCUUGGGUGGGGCUCCAACAUCAGCCGAGGUGCCCUUCUAAACUUUAUUUUAUUUUAUUUUAUUUUAUUCUUUCUUUACUGGAACUGCUUGGAAGUGGCUGUCCCUUUUGUGAGAACAUGCAGAUCAAUUGUCAAGGUUUUUGGUUUCCUUAUUGACAUUUUUCCCUUUUGCAGCAUCACUGUGCAACUAUGCAUUGUACUUCACAACCUUUUGUGCUAGGUAGAUGCCUGUGACUUUUUAACUUGGGGUGGGAGUGGGGGUUACAAAUGAAGGAACUUUUUACAUGAAUCUUUUUAAUCUCAGUUGAUUGCGGGGUGGGGGGUACUUGGUUCUAGGGUCAUACAAGCUCUAUCCCAAAGCAAAAUCCAAAUGUUAAUAAUAUUAGCCUGAUGCAGAUACCAAAGAUAAUUUCUUUCCUACAGAACCUUAGAUGUGUGUAUGAAGUACGAUUACCCGGCACUUGCAUUAGUGUAACCUCAGUAAUUCCAAAGCUUAGAUGUAUAUUUUGGUAUAUUUCUGGGAUAUUAAAUAAAAAUGUUUAACUUCUUGUUUGUUUCAGUGUAAUGCUCUAAAGUCAUAGCAUGAAGAAAAUCAAACUGUCCUAUUCUUAGUCGUUUGAAACAAUAGUAUUUUUGUAUGUUUUGGGUGUGUCUACAUAUGUAUUAACAUAACAGUUUUCACUGCCUAGGUGUUCAUAAUAAAAAAGAAAAUGAAAAAGUUCUGAGUGUACGUAAUGUUUAGUAAUAAACUUCUCCCAGGUCCCAUUUGGAUUGCGUAUUCACUGAUUACUUGUUCCCAGCUGGGAUUUUAUAUUGUUUUAGAGAGACGGCGAUCAUGAUUUUCUAAAGAUGUUUUCUUCCUUCCUCCCUUUCUUUCUUUCUUUCCCUUCCUUCCUUUCUCUCUUUCUUCCUUUUUUUCCAUAUGUCUUUAAAUAUCUUACUCUCUUCACCUUUUUCUUCCUUUAAGAAAAAAUUGAUUCAGGGGUGUUUUUCCACUGUUGUCAAGGUAGGGGAACAAGGGAGAACUGGCCCCUUGGCCUCCCGAAACCUUUUAUGUACUUAACUUUGAAAUGUGAGUUUGAGUUCUCUUUUGUGGAAACUUAAGAUGUGGUGUAAAUGGUUCUUUCCAAACUUGCCCAGCAGCUUGAAUGAGGCAGUGAGGAUUCUGUGUAAUCUGUUGGGAGUCUUCACCAUUUCUCCCUAGGUCCUGGCAUUUGAGUGGCACUUGCAGGGCCUCACUGCCCCAGAGCGCCAGGUAGCCUUUUCCCUUCAAUAGGAAUAUUUUAUAAGAAUCAGCUGAUAACUCAGAGUUCAGGGACCUUGUGGCCUAGGCCCCUGGGAAACAGGUUUCCUUGCUUUUGAAAACCUAAAACACAAGCAACUUGGCAUUCGGGAAUAGCUGAUUACCUCCAAGGCCUGAGGAGGUGGCAGGGAUAUGAGUGUUGCUAUCUCUUCAAAGUACACUUUAUAUGAUCCCCCUCCUGGGCCUCCUGCAUCCUUGGGGAUUACAGGAUUGGAGAGGUGUGUAGGUGACAGUGAAUCUGAUGAAAUGGUAGAUUUUUGUGUAGAUGCAUUUGUCUGCUGUAAUUUUUUAUAUAUAUUAAACUUACUGUAACUGUACAGUUCAUUUCUGUUGUAAAACAUCAUUAAACUGUUUUCCACGUG